GAAGGAGAGAGGAAAGAAAUAAAACUCAUUCACACAUGUUAUUGGCUCGGGCGCAACGCCGCCCAUACGUAACAACAAACUCUUCUCGCGUGCGUCAUUGACAGGUGGAACAAACAUAACGACGGCAAGAUAAAAAAGAGAUGCAAGAUAUCUAGUAUCAGAGACACUUGAUAACAAGGUGGAAUUAACUGGUUCUGAAACUCCGAAAAAAUCUCUGUUUGGAAAUCUAACCAAACUAAAGAGGACCUUGGCUGUGAUGAGCGACUCAGAACAGCGUCAACUGCAUGUGCCUUAUAGAGAAUACAAUAGUCACAACAAUACUAAUCCUGCGACAUUGGUUGAAACAGAUGCUCUUGUAGAUAUAACAGUGACUCCAAGUAGUAACGUAUUAUUAGCUAAUGGUGAACCUUUACCUCUCUUACCAGAGGUCGAUUUUGCUCCAAGUUCGAGUGCAGACCAAUCAGCAACCAUUGAUUCACCUGGAAUUGACCGGGAGAGCCAACCUCUCCUUGGUCGACUAGAAUUGGAUGAAACUUACAAUCGAUUUCCAGAUGACCCACAAUUUUCAGAGCUGGUAUGGCAGGCUGAGUGUGCAAUAGAUAAUGGAAUAUAUCCACAAAGGAUAUACCAAGGCUCUAGUGGAAGUUAUUUUGUUAAAAAUCCUGAAGGAAAAAAUAUCGGAGUAUUCAAGCCCAAAGACGAAGAGCCGUACGGGCGACUGAAUCCUAAGUGGACGAAAUGGAUGCACAAGCUAUGCUGUCCGUGCUGUUUUGGACGAAGUUGUUUAAUUCCAAAUCAAGGUUACCUCAGUGAAGCAGGAGCAAGUUUAGUAGAUCGCAAACUCGGUUUGGGUGUGGUGCCGAAUACAAGGGUCGUUAAACUCGUAAGCCGGACCUUUAAUUACUUGAGGAUCGAUAGAGAAAAGGCUCGCAUGAAGCAGGCAAUUAUGGACCAAUUUCCAGCAGUAGCCUCGCAUUUUCAUAGAAUAGGAUUACCACCGAAAAUUGGCUCGUUUCAAGUAUUUGUCGAGGGCUAUAAAGACGCCGACUUCUGGCUCAGGAGAUGGGAAAGCGAACCACCGCCACCACGUUUAGCUCAACAGUUUCAGUUGCAGUUCGAACGUCUAGUCGUCUUAGACUACAUUAUUAGAAAUACAGACAGAGGUAAUGACAAUUGGUUAAUCAAAUACAACGCUGGUUCGUCGAAAAAUGGAGUGGAAGGUGAAGUGAAAAUAGCGGCGAUAGACAAUGGAUUGGCGUUUCCAUUCAAGCAUCCCGACUCGUGGCGUGCAUAUCCUUAUCAUUGGGCUUGGCUGAGCCAGGCGAAACUUCCCUUCAGUGAAACUAUUCGAGAGCUGGUCUUACCGCAGCUUUCAGAUCAGAAUUUUGUACAAGACUUGUGUGAUGAUUUAUAUUUGUUGUUUAAACAAGAUAAAGGGUUUGAUCGACAUCAUUUUGAUAAACAAAUGAGUGUAAUGCGAGGCCAAAUUUUAAAUCUCCAACAAGCACUGAAGGAUUCUAAAAGUCCAGUACAACUUGUUCAAAUGCCAGCUGUUAUUGUUGAAAAAGCCAAAGAAAAUGGAACACCAAGGCUGUUUUCAUUCUCCGACCCAUUAAUCCAGCGCUUCCAGAACAAAAGUCCAUUCUUUUCAUGGUGUUGAUCAAUCAAAUACUGUCUUUAUUCGUUUCCUUCCAUUAUUAUCU